AUGGCAGCACCAGUAAACUGGUCUGGUGGGAGAUGGAGAGGCAAACCCCGCGGCAGCAGAGGCCGGGGAAUAGGGGAAGCUUGGAGAGCUAAUAGAGGGAUAGGAGAAGGCGAAGGUAGACGCAGACCUUGUCGGUUCAUCGAGUACGGAAAGAAAUGCCCAUACGGCAAAGAGUGCACCUAUUCCCACGAUGCAAAUAACAAAAAAGUCGACAAACAGCAGCCUGCUAGAGAACCUGCAGAUACCUUAAAGGAGCAGCAAGACAGAAGGGACUAUAACUCAUGGAAGAGGAUCCUUAAGGUACCCCCGCAGCCGAACGAUACGGCUACCAUUGCGACCUUAUGGACUGGUGCUCUCGAUAUCUUGAACGGGGCCGACCGAAACUGGAAGCAAAUGCUUCCCCGAGACCUCGACGAAGACGAGAAUUAUGGCCGCGAUCACAUUCAUACGCUGUUGAGCAUGGUAUCAUCUGGCCGUGGCUGUGGUACCUUUGUCGCUCUGGCACAACCAUUCCUUUCGGUAAUCACUCAUCCGGCCAUGUUGGACUGUUUGUCUGUCGAUACCUUCGUCGGAGGCCUGUAUAAUUUCAUCAGCGGUAGCAAUGGACAAAGGGCGGUAGGCUUCUUUCAGCGACUUUGCACCAGCCUUAUAGACGCAUAUCCUACAGCCAAGGUCUCGAAACCCACGGCUGAAGACACCCUUUUGGCGAUGGGAGCCGCCUUGCGUGAGGUCCUUAGGAGAGAACAACGAGCUGUCUACCAUGAAGAGCUGCCUGACCUCGUUAGUUCGUUGGAACUCGCCGCGACAGCCCUCGAGCUCGAUGAGACGUCGAUGGUCAGAUUCCAGGGGGCCAUCAGCGAGAUCAAGGCCAUGAUAUUACGUGCUAGCGGCCUUCUUGGGGCUCGCGUUGAACCCGCCAGCGACAUCUCAACCACCGUCAAAUCGACAUAUCCUCGAGAAAUUGUCGUACCAGGAACACGCCAUGAUAAUGACAGCACCGACAUAGCAAAGAUCAAGAUCCUUCCAACUAAAGAUGAGAUCCGAAGCGACCAACCCGAUUUUCUGCCCACGACCGAUCGUGACCAACCGCAUUUUCUCACAGACGCAGUCGAGCGGCACCUUGAUACGCUCUUCCGUCUGUUGCGGCAUGACAUCUUCGGCGAGCUGAAAGAGGCCCUUGGGGUAUUAGUACACGCUAUCAGCGAUGAUCCAACAGUACUUAGGAGCCCAAGGCCUCCGCUUGGAGUUAUGCGAGCAUACUCAUACCCAAAUGCUUACAUUAGCUAUGUUUCUUUUGACCAAAAACGAGGCAUCGAGUCCCAUGUGUCGUUCGACCAGCUCCCCACGCUUCGAAAGAAGUCUGCUUCUGAUAGAAGCCGAUGGUGGGAAGGCUCAAAACGCUUGGAAGAAGGCGUCUUGUUGUGUUUCGUUACUUUUGACUCUGGUAAAGCAUCCCUCUUGUUUCUUACAGUAAGUAAGAAAGGGACAGACCACGAAGCACCUCACAGUCUUGGCUCACACGAGCGUAUUUCAACAAUUACUACCAGGCUUACUACCCACAACCAGGCAGACUUUGACUUGUUAACCCAGUUGAGCUGCCGAGGUACUCAUGGAGCGUUGAUUGAGUUUCCAGGGAUACUGCUUGCAACGUUCAUUCCUAUUCUUGAGAACCUUCAGAAGUUGCAACGCUCCAGCCAUCUACCAUUCCGCCAGUGGAUUUUACCUGACCCGUCUACGACUUCUACGGGGCCUAUAGGUAUCCCUCCACCGCUCUACGCCCGUGGCCAACGGUUUUCCUUCCCUUUGGAUUCAAUACUGAAAACCAAGGGUGAUAAACUCUCUCUGAGCCCUAAUGUCACGCUUGAUGAUGAUAAUAUUAUCAAUGACCUUGAAACCCGGACUUCGCUUGACAAAGGACAGUGUAGAGCACUGAUAGCCGGCUUAACUCGCGAGUUUGCGUUCAUCCAAGGUCCACCAGGAACAGGUAAAUCGUACAUUGGUGUUCAUCUCAUGAGAGUUCUCCUAGCUUGCAAAGAGAGAUCCAAGUUAGGGCCUGUGGUCGUGAUUUGCUACACGAAUCACGCCUUGGAUCAGUUCCUGGAGGGCCUUGUCGAAGCUGGUAUCAAGAAGCUUGUCCGGAUCGGAGGCCAAAGCAAGUCAAAGGCUUUAAAGGGAAACAACCUUCGCGUCGUAUCGCGAGGCGAGGCAAAAACCAGAAGUGAGCGCUAUCUAGCGGCUAAAACUUACGAAGCACUUAGAAAUAAAGAGCCUCUUAUUACAAAAGUCCUAGGCGCACUGCAUGCGUCAUGUAAGAGACGUGGUUGGAAGGAGCUCAAGGGCCAUUUACAAUGGAAAUACCCAUCCAUAUUUUCUCAAUUUUCCCGAUUCGACGAGGACAGCUUUAAGACAGUGGGCAAGGAGCCAUUCGACGUCUGGAGUGAAGGGACGGCAGUUCGACAACCUGACGGAGGUAGCGCGUUGGGCGAGGUAAUUACCACCUCUCAGGACCUUGUUCUUGCUGCCACCCAAAACGUUCAUGGACUAUCAACUCUUGACAGACAUCGCCUAGUUGAAUUCUGGGUACAAGAAGUUUAUGAAAGCAAUACCGAUGAACUAUUCGAGCUUGUGAAGGAGUCCCAUCAACUGUACGAACGCCUGGAUAAAAUACAUGACGAGGUCGACAGGAGAGUUCUCGAGACCGCGGAUGUCAUUGGCAUUACCACGACAGGCCUAGCCAAGAGAAUUUCCGUUCUUCGGCACAUACCUACUAAAGUAGUUAUUUGCGAAGAAGCCGGGGAAGUCAUGGAACCUCAUAUUAUAUCAGCCUUACUGCCUAGCGUUGAGCAUUUCAUUCAAAUUGGGGAUCACCAGCAGUUACGUCCGCAGAUCAAUAAUUACGGGCUAUCGCUUGAGAGCAAGCAAGGUGAACUCUACCAACUCGACCGCAGUCAAUUCGAACGGCUUUCUGUGGGAGAACCAGGUAGAGCUUCGUUUCCAGUGGCGCAAUUGGAUACUCAACGACGAAUGCGCCCUGAGAUUUCAACUUUGAUUCGGGAAACCCUCUACCCACGCUUGAUUGACCAUGAAUCCACAAAGAAUAUGCCUGACGUCGUAGGCAUGCGUAAAAAUGUAUUCUGGCUGGACCACGAGAAUAUGGAAAAUUCUCCAAGUACAGACCGGCAUCAAAAAUCGCACAGUAACGACUGGGAGGUGGAUAUGACGCAUUCUCUCGUUCGUCAUAUCGUUCGGCAAGGCGUUUAUAACAGCCACGAUAUUGCAGUAUUAACUCCAUACACAGGGCAGUUGCAAAAGCUACGAGCAAAAAUGAUGAAUGAUUUUGAGAUUGUCCUAAGUGAUCGGGAUCAAGAGGUACUCGCAAGGGACGGGUUCGAUGAUGGGAUAUUAACACCUCCUGAGGACAACCAGAUGGACAGUAUUCAAGCGAGAUCUCUUGAGAAGAAGAAGCUUUCCGAGUUCCUUCGCAUCGCAACAGUCGAUAAUUUCCAAGGAGAGGAAAGGUGCGAGAUCUUCACAGCAUCAGGUGCAGUGUCCGCGUUCAGAAGAAAGUCCCGGAUUGCAAUCAUGUUGUGGAAGUCCCGUGUUGUCAGGAUGUAUCCUCUCCCACUUUCAAGUGCCCUACGCCAUGUAAAGUAUCUUUACCUUGUGGCCAUAGCUGCCCAGGAAAAUGUGGUGAAUGCAAUCAUAAGGAGCGAGCGACAAAACACCGAGAGUGUGACACUAUUUGCGGGAGACGCUUUGGAGCCUGCAACCAUACAUGUCCAAGGGAGUGCCAUGAUGGUACGGAUUGUGGGCCUUGUCUUUCCCCCUGCGAGGUUAAAUGUUCUCAUUCUCAAUGCCAAUUACGUUGUCAUGAACCUUGUGCACCAUGCGUUGAAAGCUGCACUUGGUCGUGCGAACACAGAGGGGAUUGCGAAAUGCCCUGCGCUGCACCUUGUAACCGUCUUCCAUGCAAUAAACGUUGCCCAAAAUUCCUUUCCUGUGGUCAUCAAUGCCCAGGAAUCUGUGGCGAGGAAUGUGCUGAAGGUUACUGCCACCACUGAGAUUAACGUUGAUGAGAGCCCAAUAGUUGUCCUUGGGUGCGGCCAUUUCUUCACCACGGAAUCUCUAGAUGGCAUUAUGAGCAUGGCCGAAUUUUAUAAGCUUGACCCGUACGGUGAAUUCACCGGGCUUGAAGACAUAUCCGCGACUUUUGUUCAAGCCGUGCCUUGCUGUCCAGACUGCAAACGUUCAGUAAGGCAAUUUGCCACGCAGAGAUACAAUAGAGUCGUCAACAGGGCUGUCAUUGACGAGAUGUCUAAACGAUUUAUAUCAAGUGGAAGGGACGGACUCCAAGAGUUAGAGGAACAAAUUGGUAAACUAGAAAAACAACUUCAUGAAUCUCGGGAUGAGAUCAUGGAGCGAAUCCGCCGACCUAAUGGUCGCCGGACCUCAAGCGUGAACGCUGCCAUGAGUCUAGGAAUCGACGACAAAUUGCGUGAACGACGAACAGAGUCUAAAAAGCUUGAGUCUGCCAUUAAAGCGUUUCGCAACAAUUUCGCCGACAAAUAUCAACCAGCACAAAAACUCCACGAGGCGUCAAUCUGCAUGGCAAGAAAAGCUGCUGUUGCCGCUUCGGCUCUUGAUGUACAAUUGGCAAAUUUAAACUUGGUGGAGGCCACCCCAGCUCUCGCCCAUGAUAGUCGAAUUAUUAUGGGUGGCCAAAUGGCUCAGAUUAAGACAGAGUUUCUCAUCCUUGAAGACGAGGUUAUACUGUCAAAGGCAUUGAAUUCAAUGGGUAACGAACUUUCAAUCAAGUUCCCUAGAGGACCCCCUAGUCUACUUGUUGCCCAAUUCCUUCAAAAAUGUGAAAUUUUUAUCGCCGAAUGUGACGUUAAGAAUUUGCCGAAGCUGAGUGUUGAAGUGACUCUUUUCUAUACAAGAAUUGCUCGUUCAUUCGAGUACCUCUCACGCUCUACCAAAACAGACCUUGACAAAAGUGCAAGUUAUGUUGGAACCGCUAAUAAAAUGCUCGAGAAGGCCCUUGAGGUCUGUCAGAUACCAUUCCACAAUGCUAAAGGCUUGCGUGCCGCCGUGGAAGAGUCGAUUCGCUACAUGGCCAAAGAAUGGUAUGAAGAAGUUACACAGGAGGAGGUUGAAGCGGUUAAGGCUGCGAUGGUGAGUGGUUCUGGGGGCAUUGCGACUCAUUCAGGCCAUUGGUAUCUGUGCAAGAAUGGUCAUCCGUUUGCAAUCGGAGAAUGCGGAAUGCCGAUGCAGUUGGCUACUUGCCCUGAAUGCGGAGCAGUCGUUGGCGGACAGAACCAUACUGCGGUCGAAGGGGUGACUCGUGCAGUAAAUAUGGAAGGCUAG